ACAACAAAAAAAAAAAACAAGAGGAAGAACAUUGAGGGAAAACUUUUGGUUUAUUUAUUCAUUUAUGUUAUGACCUUGAGUUGAGGGCUGUGUGGUGGAGAGGUUCAUCUGUAACUUGGGUUGUUUCUUCCUUUAUUUUUGAUACAAUGUUUCAUAUAAUCUAGGCUGGCCUCAAAGUUACUUUGUAGCCUAGGAUGACUUGAACUUCUGCCCUUCCUGCUUCUACCUCUGGAGUGCUGGAAUGGCAGGCAUGCACCCCACCACUGUGUCGAGCUUUUAGGGUACUGAGGCUUGAACCCAGGGCUUUAUGCAUAUUAGGGAAGCACUCGGCCAACUGAACUAUUUUUGUUUUCUUGAAACAGGGUAUCACUGUAUCGUUUAGGCUAGUCUUGAACUCCUGAUUCUCCUGCCUCAGCAUCCUGAAUGCUAGGAAUAUAGGUGGACACACCACACCCCGCUAAGUGUCGUUCUAAGCUUACACAGCUGAGAAGCAAAGCUGUGGUUCGUGACAGCACAGCCAGUGACAUCAUGACAAGUGAGGUGAUUGAAGAUGAGAAACAGUUCUAUUCAAAAGCCAAGAUCUACUGGAAGCAGAUCCCACCCACGGUGGACGGCAUGCUUGGGGGGUAUGGCCACAUCUCCAACAUCGACCUCAACAGCUCCCGGAAGUUUCUGCAGAGGUUUUUAAGGGAAGGUCCUAACAAGACGGGGACUUCCUGUGCCCUGGACUGUGGCGCUGGCAUUGGAAGGAUCACCAAGCGCCUGCUCCUGCCGCUCUUCAGGGUGGUGGACAUGGUGGACGUGACAGAGGACUUUCUGGCCAAAGCUAAGACCUACCUGGGGGAAGAGGGCAAGAGGGUGAGGAACUACUUCUGCUGUGGGCUGCAGGACUUCAGCCCAGAGCCCAACUCCUAUGAUGUGAUCUGGAUCCAGUGGGUGAUAGGCCACCUGACAGAUCAGCACCUGGCUGAGUUUCUGCGCCGCUGCAAGCAGGGCCUGCGCCCCAAUGGCAUCAUUGUCAUCAAAGACAACAUGGCCCAGGAGGGUGUGAUCCUGGAUGAUGUGGACAGCAGUGUGUGCCGUGACCUCGAGGUGGUACGCCGGAUCAUCCGCAGUGCAGGCCUCAGCCUCCUGGCUGAGGAGCGCCAGGAGAACCUGCCAGAUGAGAUCUACCAUGUCUACAGCUUUGCCCUGAGAUGAGGCCGGGGCCAGAGCUGGGGGCCUUAAACACACCUGCCAUGACCUUUGACUCCAGUGGGGAGGGACAAGCCUCCAGUGGGAAGGUGUGCUGUGGAUUAGGGCAGUGCAGCCCUGCCACUCGAACAGCAUCCUGGCAACUCUCCACAAGUUGCCACCUAUAGGACUAGCUGCCAAGGACCUCAAGUGUAUGAACUGCCUGCUAUUCCUGGACAGCCAGGAGAGUCACACAUGGUACCUGCCAGAUGGUACCACUUUUAGGAAUGGUCACGUUCCAAAUCCUCUUUGGUGAUAGGUCACAGCAGCCUGCAGUAAAGGAAGGCUUCCUUACCUCUGCAGCUCCUUGGGAGUUCCUCCCUGAUAGGCACUGCAGUCAAUAAAAGGAUGAGCCCUGUUUUCAAAUGC